CGGACAUUCCCCGGAUAACUAACUCAACACCUUACCUCAACACUCACCUCGGCCCACCUCACCUCACCCCAACUCGCUUACAGUUGAAUACUCACCAAACCAAACCUGACUUAAGAGGAACCAUUCCAUCCAACCCACCCCUAUUCAAACCACACAUAAACCCGUCCCCUACCAUCACCCAUACAAACCAUCUACGCAGGGCUGAGAGGGAAAAAGAAAAAAGAAAGAAAAGAAGAUGCUCCUCAUCGGCCUAACCGGCUCCAUCGCCACCGGCAAAUCAACCGUCUCCUCCCUCCUCUCCCAACCCCCCUACUCCCUCCCCAUCAUCGACGCCGACCUCCUCGCGCGAGAGGUCGUCGAGCCCGGCACGGCCGGCUACAAGGCCAUCGUAGCGCACUUUGGCCCCUCCACCCCGGACCUCCUCAUCCCCGCCACCACCAACAACGGCAACGAUGCCGCCGACGACAACAACAACACCAAAAACCACAUGCCCGAGCACGGCCCGCGCGGCCUCGGCCGCCCGCUCAACCGCGCCGCGCUAGGCCGCCGCGUCUUCGGCGACGACCCCGCCCGCCGCGCCGACCGCGCCGUGCUCAACGGCAUCGUCCACCCGGCCGUGCGCCGCGCCAUGCUGCGCGCAGUGCUGAAGUGCUAUGUGAGGGGGUGCAGGGCGGUGGUCUUGGACGUGCCGCUGCUGUUCGAGAGCCGCCUGGAUCGGUUCUGUGGCGCCGUGAUGGUGGUGGCGGUGCGGGACCCGGAGGUGCAGAUGGCGCGGCUGCGGGCGCGGGAUCCGCAUCUGAGUAGGGAGGAUGCGGAGAAUCGGGUGAGGAGUCAGGGGGAUGUGAGGGAGAAGGCGAGGCGGUGCGAGGGGAGAGGCGGGGGGAGUGGGGUGGUGGUUUGGAAUGAUGGGGGGAGGGAGGAGUUGAAGGGGGAGGUUGCGAGGGUGAUGGCGGAGAUGGAGAGGUAUAGUCCGAGGUGGUGGAAUUGGUUGCUGUGGGUGUGUCCGCCGGUGGCGGUGGUGUUGGCGGCGUGGGGGUUUUGGAGGAAUGUGAGGAUUAAUAGGGCGUGGGAGGAGCAGGAGCUGCGGGAGAGGUCGAAGUUGUGAGAAUGGCUCAGGUCGUGAGAGCGGGCUACCUAGGGUGGAUUGGUGGUGGUUGGAUGAGUGCCGUCGCAGUGACGAUGUGUUCUUGUUCAGUUCAGCAGGUGGUUUGUGUUGUUCAGCCAGGCAGUUGCAGCUGCGCCUGCUACUUUUGGGUGACGACUAAGCGGUCACAUUUUGCACCCACUACACCGAUUCACUUUCUUAUCGUGGGAAAUAGCCACUUUGUUUUUUCUGCUUUGCCUGGCCAUCAGUCGAGGGCAAUUAAU